UACAUUAACCAGUGAUGCAAUACAUUUUCCCAAAAAGAAAGAUUGAGAGGUGAACAUCGCAUAGAGCCUUUUGCAACAGAACUAACAACUUGAAAUCUACAACAAUGAGUAGAACAUGGAAGCAGCAUUGCUUGCUCUUUGCAUUUCUCUUGACUACUGUUCAUGGAAAUAAUCCUUCCUGCUCUACCUCUGAAUUUACUUAUGAGCAGAUCGACAAAUGGCUUCAGGCUACGAAAAAUUGUUUGGAAACUGUAUCAAAUACAUGGACACCAUACCAAAGCGCAAACAUUUUUAACCAACUACAAACACUGACUGAUAUCAUCCAGGAGCAACAAAAUAAAGAGUUACGAAGGUUACUGCCAGCAAACUGUUCAGCUCCAGCUGUGCCAGAGGAUGGAGGCCUGCUGUGUGUAUCUGUGAAAAAUAAGACCUACUGUAAACCUAUGUGCAAUGCGGGUUAUGAUUUCAAUUUUCUAAGAAGAUCAAGGCUGUUUGAGGAAUGCAGUUCUGCCACAAAACACAAAUGGACAACACAGUUCAUUGGUGGCAACAGGCUGGCUAUAUGCAACAAGUCCCGCAUUGCAGUGUCAGGAGCCCCUUCUGCCUACUUCCCUGAGGGCCAGAACUGUCAUAAAACAAAGAGCGAUGAACAACUAAUGAAGAACAUCACAAGCAUCUUCCAAUCAGAGCUGGUUAUGGCAGGCAUUACACAACCAUUAGAGUCUUCCAUUCUUCUCUGUGGCUAUAAGAAACACUAGAUCCAAGAAGGAGAUCUAAAAGAUGUUCAGAACUGACAUAGUAUUAUUUUGUGAAAAGUCCAUUUUACUGAAGUCUUUGCACUUCAAAUGUUUAAAAAGAAUGGAAGCAAUGGAAAAUUUCACACUUAAGGAAUUAAAUGUAUAGUGGUGUGAAGAGUAUUAUGUUGUACGUAAUGUGUUUGAAUCAAACAGUAAAUGAAUUACAUGGAACAACUA